CACCCAGAGCUGCUAUAUCUGCUCACUGUCUGCCCACCAGAGACUAAAAACAGAAUCCGCAGUGUGUCAUUUCUGAAGGGUUACAGAAAGAACCACUUGUUUCCAAACAGGUUUCCUGAACACGGCCUCUCGCCUCCCAUUGUGAUAUCCAGUGAUGCCUCUCCCUGUCAGACCCCCAGCCGUUCCGCCUCCAGACGGUGGGUGGGGCUGGGCUGUGGUGGUCGGGGCUUUCAUCUCCAUUGGAUUCUCGUACGCCUUCCCAAAAGCCACCACUGUGUUCUUCAAAGACAUCCAGAGGAUCUUCGAUGCCUCGUACAGUCAGGUGGCCUGGAUCUCCUCCAUCAUGUUAGCCGUCAUGUACGCUGGAGGUCCCAUCAGCAGUAUUCUGGUGAACGCGUACGGCUGCCGUCCCAUCAUGAUCUUGGGCGGGUUUCUGUGUGCCAUCGGGAUGAUCAGCGCCUCCUUCUGCAACAACGUCAUGCAGCUCUACAUCUGCAUCGGCGUCAUCGGGGGCUUAGGUUUGGCCUUCAACCUCCAGCCGGCACUUACGAUGAUUGGGAAGUACUUCUACAAGAAGCGUCCCAUCGCAAACGGCUUCGCCAUGGCCGGCAGUCCUGUGUUCCUCAGCACGCUGGCGCCGCUCAACCAGUAUCUCAUCAACGAGUACGGAUGGAGGGGAAGCUUCCUCAUUCUCGGUGGGCUUCUGCUCAACUGCUGUGUGGCCGGGUCGCUCAUGAGGCCCCUGGUGGCCCCGCCAAACCAGAGCAAGCCGAUCGAGGAGAAACCAGCCGUGUCCAAGACAGAGAAGGCCACAGCCUGGCAGACGGUCAACAGGUACCUGGACCUGACGCUCUUCAAGCACCGCGGCUUCCUCAUCUACCUGUCGGGAAACGUCAUCAUGUUCCUGGGGUUCUUCGCGCCGAUUGUCUUCCUCUCGCCCUUUGCCAAAGACAACGGCGUGGACGAGUACCAAGCAGCCUUUCUCCUCUCCAUCCUGGCCUUCGUGGACAUGUUCGCCCGGCCGUCCAUGGGUCUGCUGGCCAACUCUCGCUGGGUUCGGCCAAGGAUCCAGUACUUCUUCAGUUUCGCCGUGCUGUAUAACGGCGUGUGUCACCUACUAUGCCCGCUGGUCGAGACCUACACCGGUAUGGUGGUGUACGCCAUCUUCUUCGGCUUCGCCUUCGGCAUGGUGAGCGCGGUUCUGUUCGAGACGCUGAUGGAUCUGGUGGGUGCUCAGAGGUUCUCCAGUGCCGUGGGUCUCACCACCAUUGUGGAGUGCUGUCCGGUGCUCAUCGGACCGCCGCUGGCAGGGAAAUUAGUGGACAUCACAAAGAACUACAAGUACAUGUACCUGUGCUGCGGAGCGGUGGUCGUCUUCGCCAGCAUCUGGCUCUUCAUCGGGAACUUCAUCAACUACCGGCUGCUGGACCGCGAGCGCAAGCGCGAGGAGAUGUACAAACAGGCCGAGCAGGAGGAGCCGGCGCAGACGGAGACCGACGCAGACGAUCAAGCGGCGCAGCAGCUCUGUGGGAAUAAAGACGGCGUCAUGCAGUGCGAAACAAACAUCUGAACGUCUAUGCAAACACUGGACUUGUGAAGACACUGCCAAAGUCAAUCAGCAUGACAAGGCUUCAUUAGACAGAUCACAGAUGGGGAAAUCAGCACCUGUCCUUCAACUAAACACGCACUUUGAUAUAGACAGGCUUUGUGUCGCUCAUUUCUCGUGGCUCAGGUUCAGCAAACGUCCGCAUUAGAACAGCAGACGGUUCUGUGUUCAAUGCGCCGCUCAUUUGAGUCUGUUUUAUACGUUCACACACACACACACACACACACACACACACACACACACACACACACAGGUAUUAGUGUAUAAAGCGGCUGCAAUCCGAUCUGAUGUUACUGAAUGUAAAUCUGUGUGAUGCUUUAGAGCCUUAUGAAUCCGUUCCUGACCAAAAUUACUUCUGAGGAUUAUUACUGAUCAUUAUUACCAAAUCUAGAAGCUUGAAGCAAUAUGAUUUACACCAGAAGUCCUCAGGGGAAAUGCUAGUUUCGUUCUGUUUUGGGGUUAUUUUUUACACAGCAAACAUACAGACGGUUUAAUGUGAUUAUGGAGUGGCAUCAUAAACACUCUUUAACCAAUGAUGUAUUGCCUUAAAUAAAAAUUAAGCAUCUAUUAUUCUACUAUGAACUGUGUAUAUAUUAUAUUUAAUGAAUUUGCUGAUGUAAAUUUACUAGGCAAGAUGCUUAUAUAAUAUACUGUAUGAAAUGCAUCUUAAAUUCUAUUUUGUUUCAUAUCUCGUAGUGCUGCCUUUCUUUAAUGCCCAUGUUGAGAAUGUCCUGAAUGGAAUUAAUUCAACUCACAAAUUUCACGUCUAUUUCAAGACACAAGCUUUUGUUGUCAUACGUCCAACGAGCACCAGAGGUAUUAAUAAUUAUCAUUAAGUUAUUACCUUUACUGUAGUACUAUGUAUGCAUUAUAAUGCCAGAAGAUGAUGAUGAUGUGCUAUUUAUAGUAUGUAAAUAACUAACGACACUAAUCACAUUUUUAUUUAAUGAUGUGGUUAUGUUCAUCAUUUUGUUUUGUAUCUUAUUUUCUCUUUUUUUUAUCAUUUGUUGUCAUGUUUGUCAGGAAACACAAACAGAACAAAUGCACCAAACUGCCACUAAAACAUUCACAUGCAUUAUUAUUUUGUAUUUUAUUAUUAACUUCAUGCUUCUUUUUUUUUUUGGUAAUUGUUAAAGUUAGCCAAUAAAUGUAAUCAUUUUAACU